GUCACUCCACUGACGUAUAAAAGCAGCGGGCCCAAAGGGAGUGGACAUGAUCGAGCCAUGGCCUUCCUGUGGAUCCUCUCCUGCCUCGCCUUUGUCGGCGCCGCCUACGGUUGCGGCACACCUGCCAUCACUCCCGUCAUCACCGGUUACGCCCGUAUCGUGAACGGUGAGGAGGCUGUGCCUCACUCCUGGCCCUGGCAGGUGUCUCUUCAGGAUUACACUGGCUUCCACUUCUGCGGAGGCUCUCUCAUCAAUGAGAACUGGGUGGUGACAGCUGCUCACUGCACUAUCAGGUCCGGCGACCGUGUGGUCCUCGGAGAGCACGACCGCUCCUCCAACGCAGAGAGCAUCCAGGUGAUUUCUCCUGGCAAGGUGUUCAGACACCCCCAGUACAACAGCUACACCAUCAAUAACGACAUCACCCUGAUCAAGCUGUCCAGCCCCGCCCAGCUUAACAUGCGGGUUUCCCCCGUGUGCCUGGCUGGGUCCUCCGAUAACUUCCCUGGAGGCAUGAAGUGUGUGACCUCUGGCUGGGGUCUGACCCGCUACAACGCCGCUAACACCCCCGCCCUGCUGCAGCAGGCCGCUCUGCCCCUCCUCACCAACUCUGACUGCAGUCGAUACUGGGGCAGCAACAUCACCAACCUGAUGAUCUGCGCCGGAGCGGCCGGAGCCUCUUCCUGCAUGGGUGACUCUGGAGGUCCUCUGGUCUGUGAGAAGAACGGAGCCUGGACUCUGGUGGGCAUCGUGUCCUGGGGCAGCAGCACCUGCAGCACCAGCACUCCCGCCGUUUACGCCCGCGUCACCGAGCUGCGCGCCUGGGUCGACCAGACCAUCGCUGCCAACUGAGCGUGCUCAGCGGUCGGCCUCCACUUCUAGCCUGAUCUACAAUAAAACACAGAAACUGACUAAA